AUGACUAAACUUUUCCGGCAGCUCUGCAACAGAGCACAGAGUCACAUCCUCAAGGCAAAAUGUAAGCAGAAGUACUACGCAGACACAAGGCGCCGAGCCGUAGAGUAUGCAGGGGACGACAAGGUUUGGCUCAGCAGCAAGCAUCUACCGGCUUCGACUAGCUGCCCGAAGUUCGAACCCUGUUACCGAGGGCCCUUUCAAGUCACUGAACGUAUAAAAACUGUCGCUUACCGUCUCGCUUUGCCUCCCACCUGUGAAUGCCACGACGUUUUCCGUGUUUCGCAGUUAGUUUCUCAUUGUCCCAACUCUCCCGUCUCUGCUCCCCAGGAAGCCGACGCCGGCUGGCUCCCCGUCCUCGAUGCGGACAGCAAUCCACAAGAGGAGUAUGAGCUAGAUUAUAUCAUGGAUCAACCCUGCUCCGGCGCCGACGCCCAGUAUCUCGUCAAGUGA